AUGCUGCAGGCUCCCCGUCCUCUUCCUCCCGCGCUUCGUACUGCUGCUGCUGCUGCUGCUGCUUUCCCCACGAGAGAGACGCAGAGACAGGGCAAGCCAGACGAAAGGGCAAAGGAAAAAAAGGUUGUUGAAGAAGCAGAAGAAGAAGAAACGAAAAGGCAAAAAAAAAAAAAGGCAACGCCGUUGCCACGUUUCCCGAACCCGCGUGUCGACGCCAUCUCAGAGUUGCUGGACGGCGAGCCCCCGAGAAGAAGCAACCGCCAGAAGGGCACAUCAAUUAUUAUAUUUGCUAUUAACGAGGACGACGACGACGCCGGCGCCGACUCCUCCCUCGCGCAAGGACGGCCGCAAAGGAAAAAAGGACGGAGGAAGAAGAAAAGAAACGAGAAGACGAAAGCCAAGCCAAAUAGCGCUGCCUUAGUCAAAAAGGUUCCUCUGGCGCUGGCUUUCCUGCUCGUCCACAGGAAGGCAAAAAAGUCGACCGCAGGCAGAACAGACAGCCGGUUGCUGGAGCGCCGGAAGCACACUGAGAAGCAGUACGAAGCAGAGUCGAGAGACGCAGACGCAGCGACCCGGAAAAGAAACCGCACGGAAGACCAUGGCGGCGUGGAAGCCUGCUGCUCCCCUUGCGCGAUAAUACUACUUUACUCUUCUCGCCAGAACGCCGUCUACAAAUCUCUAACCAACUAA